AUGUCUAAAUAACAAAAUCUUCUUUAUGAUUUCAAUGAGAUGACUCCAGCCCAACAAGCUAUGUUUCUGAGAGCCAGAAAUGAGUUAGAGAAGGAAAAGGCUUGGGCUGAAAUUAGAAAGCAAAAAGAAGAGGAAGAAUACAAAAGAUCAAUUCUCUUGUCGAAUUCUUAAACAUAAAAUCCUUAGAAUUAAAAAGUGAAUCUAGAGAAGAUUUCUAGUGAUUCCGAGUCAUCUGACUCUUUAUAAUCUGAGAAUGAAUUUCAAAAAGAAGAGCCGCAAUUUGAGUAGAAAGUCGAAGAGAAACCCAUGAUUGUAGAACCCAAUAAUGAACAAUUAGACACUUACUUUAAAUUGAUCCAAAAUGCACAACUCAAAAGAGAUCAAAUUUAUUACCUUUUGAUGAAGCAUUAUUGUGAUAAUGUCAUUGAAGGGUCUUUUGUUAAAAUCAAUGAACCCAAUCUCAUCAGAAGAAAAGAUUAGAGCUAUGCGAUUGCUUAGGUGUUGGCUGUUGUUGAAGGCGAGAAAUCCUAUCAACUAGAAUAGACUCAAACCUAUAAAUUGCUGAAAUUGUAGUUUGGAGAGGUAAAGGAUGCUAAAUUAAGACAUAUUACUCUCAUUUCCAACCAAUAAAUUCAAAAACAAGAAUUUGCUGUAUGGCAAAAAAGAUGCGAAGAAAAUGGAAUUCAAAUUCCCAGUAAGGAAUAUCUAUAAAGAAAGGAAAGAGAUAUUAUUAAAUCGACUUCCAAAUUAACAGAUGAUCAAAUCAAAGAAAGAAUCAACCACAAUCUAACUAAGUGGAUCCAAAAUCCUAAAUCCAAUAUUCAUUUUAGAGAUUUGCCAGUCUACUAGAACUUUAUCAAAAAUCUUAUCUCUACCAACAGGUCCAUCAUUGAAUAAGGAGAGGAAUUCAUAGCCGAUUUACAAGAUCCUGGAGAAGGGGAAACUGAAAAAAAAUAAUUAAAACAAGAAGAAACUAGCAAAAUCUUGAGAUACUAAAGAUAAAAUAGAGAAAAGGCAGAAGAGAAUGUCCAUCUGAAUGAGGAGCUUAAGAAGAUUGAGUAGCUCCUCAAACAAUUUAAAGAAACUCAAAGUCAAAAAGUAGAACCACCAAAAAGGUAACCUCAACAAGUGGAAUAGCAAUAAGUGGUAAAGUAAUCCAAAUAAAUUGCUAAAUUUUCUAUUAAUCAUGACUAUUAGAAAUAAUUAGACUCAAAAUACAUUAGACAAUAUCCAAACAUUAAAACAAUUGAUGGCAGCGAAUAAUUUAAAGCAAAAAUCCUUAACAUGCAUAGUAGGGAACUUCCAAUUGAUAAUAUAAUAGAUAAAAUGAUGGUUUUGGAAUGA